GGACAGUAAGGAGAACAGAACAAACUCCUAACAGGAGGAGACUCACUCAUGGCCUAUGAGACAGAGGAUCAUGAGACUCAAUACUGCUUUCCUGCCAUCAACUCUUCAUGUAUCAAGGGAAAACACUCCAGUUACGAAUAUAAUACCAUGUAUAUGUUUGUUUCAUUGCUGUCAGCAUGGACUGUGUUUCUGAAUCUGUUGGUGAUCAUCUCCAUCUCUCACUUCAAGAAGCUUCACACUCCAACCAACCUGAUCAUUCUCUCUCUGGCUGUGGCUGACAUGCUUCUUGGACUUGUGAUGCCCAUAGAGGCUACUAGGCUGAUUGAGACAUGUUGGUACUUUGGAGAAACUUUCUGUGGACUCUACUCAAUAUUUAUUGCAAUGCUUCUCUCGGCAUCUCUUAGUAAUUUAGUUUUAAUUGCUGUUGAUCGUUAUGUGGCUGUUUGUCACCCUUUACAGUAUCCACAGAAAAUAACAAUGACUAAGACAUUAAUAAGCAUCUGUCUGAGCUGGGUUUGCUCCUCAGCUUAUAAUGCUGCCUUUGUAAUUAAUAUAACAGACGUGUGUUAUGGAGAGUGUUCUGUUCUGAUGGGUUUUGCUUGGAGAGUCACUGAUCUGAUCAUGUCUUUUAUUUUCCCCUGUAUCUUGAUCAUAUCUUUUUAUUUGAGGAUUUUCUUUGUGGAACACCGGCAAGUGAAAGUUAUAAACUCUCUGAUGAAGAGUGGCAGAUGUGUAAAUGAAGGUUCAUUGAGAAGGAAAUCUGAGAGUAAAGCUGCUCUGACAUUAGGGAUCAUUGUAACAGUUUAUCUACUUUGCUAUAUUCCUUACUAUAUCUGUUCUAUUACAGUAAUCUCUUCCACAGCCAUACAUAUUUUGACAUGGGUUAUGUAUUUUAACUCUGGUCUGAAUCCUAUGAUCUAUGCUUUAUUUUAUGCAUGGUUUAAAAAGACAGUAAAACACAUCUUAACUCUGAAAAUAUUUCAGGCAGCAUCCUCUCUGUUUAACAUUUUAACAGAACAUUAA